UUUCGUUAUUCUGUGGUUCGCGAAUUAAGUUCGUAAUCGACGUCGCGGACAAGCCGUGGCAGAAUCGUUUUCGGCGGCGGCGAAUGCGACGUAAAAUAGGUUGAAAAUGGCCGCGAAACUUGCGACGAUGGACCCGCCGUCGUCCGCCAGCUCCGAAAGCGACCUUUUGGAGGCGCACGAGUACGCAGAGGUGUUCCCGGACAUGGACGCGGAAGACGAGAAGAAAAGCGGCGACUUUUACAGCACACCCGCGUCCCCAAUCACGGUGCCGUACUGCCCGCGGCCCCCUUCUACGGGGUCGGCGCAAAAGUCGCCCCGGGCGCGCAGGCAGCGCACCACGUCCCUGAACCAGGCAGUUACCCAGUCUCAGACGGAGGUUAUGAUCCGUACGCCCCAGCGGACGAUUUACACCGCCGGCAGGCCGCCAUGGUACAACUGCGAGGGUCAAAAGGUCGAGCCUUUCGUUAUAGGUAUAUGUGGGGGGAGUGCGUCUGGCAAGACGACGGUCGCGGAGAAGAUUAUAGAGUCGCUGGGGGUGCCGUGGGUGACCCUGCUGAGCAUGGACUCGUUUUACAAGGUGCUCAACGAGAAGCAGCACGAGGUGGCGGACAGGAACGAAUAUAAUUUCGAUCAUCCGGACGCGUUCGAUUGGGACUUACUCGUCGCCACACUGCAACGUCUGAAGGAGGGCAGGAAGGUCGAGGUGCCCAUCUAUAACUUCCUGACGCACUCGCGGGAAAACCGAACGAAAACCAUGUACGGCGCGAACGUCAUCAUCUUCGAGGGCAUCCUGACGUUUCACAACCCCAAGGUCACCGAGAUGCUGGACAUGAAGGUUUUCGUGGACACGGACGCGGACGUCCGCCUGGCGCGGCGCCUCAAACGCGACAUCAGCCAGCGCGGGCGCGACCUGGACGGCGUCCUGAAGCAGUAUACCAGCAUGGUACAGCCUUCGUUCAACCACUAUAUCGCGCCGCUCAUGAGCCACGCGGACAUCAUAGUGCCGCGGGGCGGCGAGAACGAGGUCGCCAUCCUGCUCAUCGUGCAGCACAUCCACACGCAGCUCCAGCUGCGGGGCUUCAAGUUGCGCGAGGAACUCGCCCAAGUGUCCGCGAUGAACGGCGGCCCUUUGCCACCCACGGUCCGCCUUUUACCGACCACGCCCCAAAUCCGCGGUCUGCACACCUUCAUCCGGAACAAGGACACGCCCCGCGACGAGUUCAUCUUCUACAGCAAGCGCCUGAUCCGCCUGGUCAUCGAGUACACGCUCGCCCUGAUGACGUUCAACGAGAGGGUGGUCGAAACGCCGCAGGGGGUGCCGUACGCGGGCAAACGGAUGGCCGCGAACGCCAUCUGCGGCGUGAGCAUCCUGCGGGCGGGCGAGACGAUGGAACAGGCCGUAUGCGACGUCUGCAAGGACAUACGCAUCGGCAAAAUCCUCAUCCAGACCAACCUGCAGACGGGCGAGCCGGAGCUGUAUUACCUACGACUGCCCAAAGACAUCAAGGACUACAAGGUGAUCCUGAUGGACGCGACGGUGGCGACGGGCGCGGCCGCCAUGAUGGCUAUCCGGGUCCUGCUGGACCACGACGUCGCCGAAAGCAACGUGCUGCUCGUGUCGCUACUGAUGGCCGAGUCCGGAGUGCGAUCGAUAGCUUACGCGUUCCCCAAGAUCCAGAUCGUGACGACCGCCAUCGAUCCGGAGAUCAACGACAAGUUUUACGUGCUGCCCGGCAUCGGGAACUUCGGCGACAGGUACUUCGGCACCGAACCGUCCUGCGAGUGCUGAGUGGGCGUUCCCGCGCGUCGCGCAUAUUGAGAACAGGACACGUUCGAUUGUGGUUCAAGUUGCGUCUAGUCCCGGAAGUUUUCCCGAUUUUGUGUAUUUAAGAAGCGUCGCGUCGAAUUCGUCCCGUAAUCCAGGGGCGUGCGUAAAUUCAAACCGACGACGGUCGAAAAGGGAAAAAAUGGUUUUUUAUUUGUCACGUAAGAAAAUCUAAUGAAUCGUCCUCACGGACGCUGCUGACGAAAUGAGUAAAUGAUCGAAAAUCGAUUUUUCUAUAAAUUUCGACACCGUGUAUCUGGAAAACUAUGCAGGCAAUACGGGAAAAACGAAAAAAUUUUACUUUCCAUCAGUAGAUUUAAUAAACAUAAUUUUUUUCUGAAAAUUAUAAUAACUGUUAUUGAAUUAAUGAAAAAUCGAUUUCUCUAUAGAUUUUAACACUCUGUAUGUUGAAAAAGAAGUUAGUUACGACAAAAAAACAAGAAAAAUUUAUAAAUUCUCGAAACAUCAGCGGCGCGCCACGAUUUUAGCUAUAGGAUGAUUAGAUCGCCCUCUCGGGCGCCACUGAAAUUAAUAUAUAUAUUUUUUAGUUACACGAAUAAGCUUGUCAAGUUUUGACAAAAUCAGUUUUGUCGGUCGAUUUAAAAAACUUUUUUUUGAAAAUUAUAAUUAUUAUUAAUUAUUAUGAAUUGUUGAAAAUGGAUUUUUCUGUAGAUUUUAACAGUCUGUACUUUAAAAAAGAAGUAAGUUACAAAAAAAAAUCAAAAGAAAAAGAUUUAAGUUUUCAAGGGUCGAUCUAAAAAAAAAAAAAAAUAUGAAUUUUAGAAGCAUCAGCGGCGCGCCAACGAUUUUAGCUAUAUAUAUCGAUUAGCUCGCCCUCUCGGGCGCCACUGAAAUUAAUAUAUAUAUUUUUUAGUUACACGAAUAAGCUUGCCAAGUUUUGACGAAAUCAGUUUUGAGUAAUCAAUGGAAAACCGAUUUUUCUAUAAAUUUUGACACUCUUUUGACUGUAUAAAAAUAGUGGGAGGGAACAAAAAAGUUUCAUUUUUGAUCGGCCGAUCCAAAAAACAAUAUAAAUUCGAAACGUCAGCGGCGUACCGCGAUUUUAACCGUAAAUAUCGAUUAGAUCGUCCUUUCGGACGCCACUGAAUGGAACGUAAAUUUUUUCAAUUACACAAAUACGAUUGGCAAGUUUUAACGAAAUCAGCGGGUGCGUAAUUAAAUGAAAAAACGAUUUUUCUAUACAUUUUGCCGCUCUGUAGUCCGAAAACGAAGCCAGUUCGGAAAAAAAAACGGAAAGAACAACGAAGUGUCAUUUUCGAUAGGUGAAUUUGAAAAGAAUGAAUUCUUCGAAAUAUCAGCGGCGCACCACGAUUUUAGCUAAUUAAUAAUUAGGAUAUAUGUAUUUUGAAUUACACAAAUAAGCCUGCCAAGUUUUCAAAAAAUCAGUUAAUGCAUCGAUGAAAAUAGGAUUUUUCUAUAAAGUUGUAACACCCUGAAUCUCGGAAACGAAUACGCCCUUAAAAGAUGUUUUGUUCUUAGUGGUAACGUUUCGCACGCCACUGGAUAACGCCGACGUGGUUCCGGCGUAUGUUUUCGAAAAAACGGAGAAAGUUCCCCAAAAAUUGUGUUGUGCAAAGAAAUAAAGUCGGUCCCGAUAACUUUUCAAGCAUUAUAGUAGUUAAUUUGCCCGUUUGGGCACUAUGUUGAUUGUUUGAUUAGAAAAAUAACGAUUAGAAA